AUGCUUUUUCAACUCGCAGGCAACGUGCGGUCUACUCAAGAACCGCGCCUUUACAACCAGCAGCCAGCACACGGCAAGCGUGCGUGCAACGGGUGGUCACCGAGUUGUCCACCCGCAGCACGCGCUCGCAUAACUUGCGAACGAACCGGUCUGGUAACGGGAAUGAUGGCGAGUUUCAACUUCUUGUUAGACCGGAAAGACCGCUUGAUCCAAACGCUGAUCAGCGCCAUAGACGACGCGGACGAGCAACACCGGCGCGCUUUCCAGGCGCACACCGAGACACUAAGCAACUUUUUGUACAUUGGCACCCAACGCCUGGACAAACUGCAAGUAGAGUAUGAUUAUCAGAAGAACGUUCUGCUCGAGAACUGGGACAAAGAAGAUUGCGACAUUUCUGAUAAACAAGAGCGCGCCGAAUUCAAACUAAGACUCAUUACUUACAUACAGAACCGAGAUUUCAAGUCUUACAAACACGAGAUGGGUCAGAAAAGAGCAACUGAGAAGAAUGAUUCGAGAUUAGAGCAUGAGGAAGAAAUGCGGUCGCUAUGCCGGCCCAAGCAGCUAGAAAUUGAGAUAUAUUGGGCCAAGCUUAAAGAGGUUUACAAUUCAUAUUUGGAGCAGCACAACCCCAUUAUGGGCCACUACCAAACGCUCAGAGAGAAGGACGACUUCUAUACAAAGGACAUCGCAAGAAAUGACAUGCAGAUACAACGAGCUAUGGAUACGCUUCUGACUCUCCAACGUGAAUGGAUGAGAACGACCAACACAAUAACCAACAAGCUGACGAAGAUGAGCAACCAUAAAGACGAGCUGACGAAGCGAUACUGGUUUCUCAAGAAGGAAAGCAAAACGCAAAGAAGUUCAGGAGAUAGCCAGCUCACUGUCAUGGUCAAUGCCAGUCAAGACGCUAUCAAACGUCUAGAAGAUGUGAAAGAGAAGAUUGAUAAAAUAAUGCAUAUGGCCGAAAUCUGCCGCAAAUACGAACACUUUACAGACGAAGCUUUUCUGAAGGAUACAGAUACGGAUGGAGCCCCCACAGAUUUUGAAAACUUGGAUGGAACUAUGAUCAACGUGUGCAAGGAGUAUAGCAAAAUGGACAAGUUUUUAUUAAAGGCGAACCGUGUCAAGGUUCAAACCAUCUGUCUGAAGGCAGAGAAGGCUAAACUUGCAAAGGAGAACGUUCAGCUCAAGCUGUACAUCAAGAGGUACCUUACAGAGUUGGCGCUGCGAGGUGGCAAGGACCGCCCGCAGAGUAUGAAGAUACAAUCGGAGCUACAGAAGAUAGACGCUAAUGGGAAAGUUAUAAACCGGCCCGUGACCUGCAUUGAAGGAGUUCUCUCCAACGCUGUACAGCACGAGAAGAGAAUGAAGUUUCUAGAAAAGAAGAACAGAGAAAUUGGAGAUGUGCGCGCGUACCCUCGCGUGCAAUGCUGGAUGACUUCUUAA